CCAAAACAAACAACAUCUAUUUAUCAGUCAUAGAUAAUAAAUAAAUCCAGGAACAAUGCCAUCAGCAUGUUGUGUCUGUAAGAGGGUCAAGCAAAUUGGAGAUACUGUUUCAUUUCACAAAUUUCCAUUUCAAAACAAAGAAGUUUGCGAGAAAUGGAUUGAGUUUGUUAAGAAUGCAUCAAAGGACAGCGAUAAUGUCGUCCGUAAAAUUACAAAAUUCUCUUCGAUAUGUUCUCAGCACUUUAAAGCUACAGAUAUUCUUGAGAAUGGUGCAAAUUCAAGGAAGUCACUUAAAAGGCAUGCAAUCCCAUUAAUAAACAUCAGGCAAGUGUAUCAAAUGCCACCAGUGAUAAUUGUUGAAGAAGAACAAACUGAGAAUUACGAGUUUUGUGGACUUUGCAGGACUUUGUCAAGAGAAAGAUCCUUAAUUCUAAUUGAUGACAAUAACUUCUCGAUAAUGAGAAAGUGUCUUCCGUUUGUAAAUUUUAAUCUAAGCUUAAUGCAGAAAAUCUGCUAUGAAUGCAAUGAGAUUUUAAAUACAUUCUCAAGUUUUAUUGAUCGUGUGAUUGUCGCACAAAAUAUGUUGAAUCAGGAAGUUCCAAUAAGACGAAUUGAUGAAAUUCCGCGAAGUAUUAAACUAGAACCGUUAAUUGAAGAUGAUUUGCAUGUUCCAAUGCUAGCACCAAAGAAUUUUGAGGAACAUUUAGCACUUCAAACGAAUAGAACUAGUACAAAUCAGAAGAAAUGUGAGAUUCUAGAGAUUGUGGACAUUAAGCCAUUCAACUUUCUUCCAUUUGAAACAAAUGCAUUAACGUGUGAGAUAUCAGAACAGAAUAUAGUGAAUGACACAAGUUAUGAAGAAGAUGAGAUCCAAAUUCUAAGUCCAAAGCAGUUAAAAGUUGAGAUUAAUGAUCAGGACGACGGUGAAAAUGAACUCGAAUUAAUUAAGAAUUAUGUCUAUAUAUCCACAAUAUUCAUGCACGACCAUAAUUAUGUAAAGGAAUCAAAUCACGGGAAUAAUGUAAAAACUGAAUUUGAUGAGGAUAUUCAAGUACAAAGUAGCAGGUCUAUUACACCGUCAUCUACACAAGAACUAGUUCAUAUAAAAAAAGUUUGCUGCAAAAGGAAAUUUAAUUCAUUCAAGCAAUUUUUGCUGCAUAAAGUAACAAAGCAUAAAAGUAAGGAUAUGGCAAGAGAUCAUUGUGCUCUAUGUAGGAAAAGAUUCACAACAAAAAGAAGUUUAAAUUUCCAUAAAAGAUUCAAUUGCAAGACAAACAUUCAGCACAUGAAGGCUGUAAAGAUAAAUUACACGAAAUUUCUGACAGAAUUGAAAGAGAAAAGGAUUAAAAAUAUACAAAGGAAGCCACGAAGGACAUCAUUCAUCUGUAAAAUUUGUAAUAAGACAUUUAAAGGAUCUAAGAAUCUUUAUCAACAUAAAAAUGCGACACACCGGCAAUCCAAGCAUAAAUGCAAUAUUUGUGAUAAAUCUUUUAAAAUGAAGCAUGGCUUAAAGCAACAUAUUAAGGCACAACAUGAGAAGAAGAAGCUAUUUAAUUGUGCAAUUUGCAAUCAUUCCUUCGCACUCAAAGGAGAUCUUAAAAGAUGCAGACACAGCGACUUAAAAAGGAAAACAUAAAAGAGUGAGAUGCAAAAACGACGUUACAUGCCCCAUAAUGAAGCAGUUCGGCACAAAAACAGACCGUCCACAGUGAGCCGUAUUCAUUCGACUAUAUAAAGCAAAAGCCAUGAGACGGAAAUCUAAAAAAUUUCGUUUAAAUUUAGUGAAUUUUGUGAAGAAACCGAGUGUUCGAUUGAAAGGCAUUAAAAAAGUGAUUUGAAAGUGCGGUGCAGAAAGAGAGGAAUUGGAAUUUAAAACAAAAGUUAUGGCCAUUUAGAUCUCAAUGUUCUCACAAAUGGC